GUUUUAUCAGAAAUUAAAAACAGAUGGCGGCGAACUGUCACGCUCUUUUGCUAGAGGAGAUAGCAAAUCAUCAUGUUCUCCGUACAUAAGGUAUACGAUAGCAAAGCAUAAUUUCUUCAGUCCGUUCUGCCGAAAUCAUUAAAUGUAUUUAAGAGUUUAUAAUAUACGGGGGAUGUAUAGAAAGCGUCCCGCUGAUUGGAUACCGGGAACAUGAAAAAUGACAGUCGAAUCUUUAGGUGAUGUGAACUUCGAACUUCUGCACGCGCGAUCCUCUCUCAUUACACUACCAGUGUCCCCCCCAGACCCACCUUCUUCGGCAUUUCUUUUGACUUUGUGCCUUUCACCCGUAUGACUCUUUCCUGUAUCUCGGACAAAGAGGUCGGACAAAGAGUUCAUCGCUAAUUUCCCAAAGCGCUGUUAACAAGAGUGCGCUCGCAUAAAGUCCGACACGGGACAGUCUUCUGGUCGCACGUUUCUUUUUAACUUACACAUGGGGAUCGCUGUCUUUUUCAUUUCUACUUAAAGAGCCGGACGAGAAAGAAAAUUAAACAGUUGUUCCGAAAAAUAAAUUGUACCAUGGAUCACUUAGUUAAUUGUGCUUCGCAUCUCACAGCAUUUUCUUUACUUUGGAUAUCAGUGAUGAAUUCUUGCGCUUCACAGCUAGCUCCUGAAUGCUACCCAAGUGGUUAUCAGAUCCUAAGGAAUCCUUACCGUAGUGUCACCUUUGAUUCACUUGAACUUCAGAAGACUGCGAUCCAAGAAUUAGUUUGUGACCACUCACUAUCACCAGGGUGGUAUCGUUUCAUGAUCAACAAUAAGCCAGCAGAGAUGCCAACUGAAUGCAUAGAGAUCAAUAAGUGUGGAACCCAAGCUCCAGUGUGGCUCUCUCUUAAGGAUGGCCCCCUGCCUCGUCCUGGUGAAGUGAAGCAGCUGUCAGCUUGUGCUACGUGGCAGUUCUUCUUGGGAAGUACAAAGGACUGCUGUUUAUUUAGGUUUCCAGUCUCAGUGAGAAACUGCGGAGGGUUUUAUGUGUAUUUCUUACAACCAACUCAAGGAUGCAUGGGCUACUGUGCACAAGCUGUGAAAGAGUUUCAACCAAAAGUGUGUCCUCCAGGGCAAAUAGAAAUUAAUAAUGUUUGCCAAGCACAACUCCAAGUGGUCCAGUCCAGGCCAGUCAUCUUCCCAGUGCUUGUUGGUAACAGCAUCCAUCUGAAAUGUGUCUACCCUUCUUCAAGUUCAAACCAGUACCUGGGGUACAUGGUGGUCUGGUCAAGGCACCUUGCUCACAGUGUAAAGGAAGAAAUCAAGAAAGACACAACCCUGCAGACAUUUGCAGUCGCAGAGAUAGAUGGAGUUCGUUUCAAGCUGGGAGAUACGAUAUCCUGCAGAGUCUCCACAUUUUUAAGAAGUUCACCAGAUGUGCAGUCUCUAUCCAGAGAGAGCGAUGUCUUUUUUGCUGGAAUUAAGUUUGCACCAGAAAUUUUACAGAUUGCAGAAGAUGGGAAAGAGCACAAGGUGACAGUGUAUAGUACUGUCCCGAUCCCUUGUCAAGAAGCUGGCACACAGCAAAACUGCAAGGUGACAAUUGACCUCAGUGUGGAUAAUUCAGACAGUCUGGACUUGGAAACCCCCAAUGUAGCACUGUCAACAUGCCAUGUCGAUUUGCAGCAGGCACCGUGUAUGGGAAACAGCUGUGCAAGUGCUGUUCUUACACUGACUGCAGUGACAGACUUUACUCGCGAUGGGAACCGAGCUAGUUAUAUCAAGGCCACCACAGACAAACACGGCCACUUUCUCUGGAAGAAUUACAUUCCAGAUGUUAUAAAGGUUGUGGUUCAGGACAUUCCAACUGCCAGCUGCUAUUCUUUUACUGAUCCUCACAUCGUGACAUUUGAUGGCAGGCGUUAUGAUAACUACAAGACAGGAACAUUUGUUUUGUACCGAAGCCUUCACCGGGAUUUUGAAGUUCAUGUGCGCCAGUGGGACUGUGGAAGUCGCCAUUAUGCUGUGUCCUGCAAUUGUGGAGUGGUGGCCAAAGAAGACAACAACAUCAUAGCUUUUGAUAUGUGCAAUGGCCAAAUACAAGAAACCAGGCCGAGACUUUCUGUGAAGAGGACUGGCAGAAGAUCUCACCAAAUCAAAAUACUGGAGGCUCAUCAAGGCAAGAAAAUCACAAUUUUAUUUCCUUCUGGUGCUUUUGUCCGGGCAGAUGUAAGUGACUGGGGAAUGAGUUUGUCCGUCAGGGCGCCAAGCAUUGACUUCAACAGCACCAGAGGCCUCUGUGGUGUCUUUGACAGAAACAGUCAGAAUGACUUUCACAAACCUGAUGGCAGCAUGUUAGCAAGUUCACACAGAAAUAAUGGGCCAGAAGAAUUCAUAGAAGAAUGGAGGCUUCCAGCCGGGGAGAGCUUAUUUGACAUGACACCCCCAACAAAAGACGAAGAUGUAGAACAAAACUACUGCAAAUGUCAGGAGAAGUACACCAUGUCUCUUCAUGCUGUGAACAAACCAGAAGGCUUACAAGAUCAGCUUCCUUUAUCUUACUGCAAAUCUAAUGAUAAUGUGGAUUACAGCUUAGUUAUUCCUUUUCUUGACAUUACUUCAGAGUACAUCAGCAGUCACAAACUGCAGCACAACAUUCAAAAACGGCAAGCUGAAGAGAGUUUUCAGAACUCUGGCAACCUGUCAAAGGCAGUGAAAAACCUACAUCUGCACAACAGAAUUGAAACUCAUGACAAAGAUAAUGUGGGAUUUGUGUUAAGGGAAGAGCGAGAUCAAGGACAAAUCAAUGAUACUGAACAAAUCAUUAAAGGGCAGGCUAAGGAUUUGUUAACUAGAGGAAAACGGCAAAGCCCUUAUGAUUACCUACCAGUUGUUACAUUUCAGAGUUUAAGUCAAAUGGAUCUAGAAAGUCUGUCAUACUUUUUCCCAGAGGAUCAUUUGUCUGGGAGCCGGCCCAUUGUUCAGCUUUCAUGGCCUACUCCUAGUGGCCUGACAUCAGCCAAAGCUUUAGAAAUAUGCCAACAGGCCCUUGCCAACUCUACUAUCGGAGUGCUUUGCAAAGAACAUCUGGGCAGGAAACUAGAUGAAGCUAUUGAAAUGUGCCUAUUAGAUUUACAAUCAAAGGAUGACUUGACAUGGGAAGAAGCUCUAAUUCCUUUUCUUGAAAAUGAAUGUGAGAGGAAAAUUUUAGAGAACAGGUCCAGUGCAUCCUUUGCAUCAAGGGAAACUAAAGGAAGCAAGUAUGAUAUUGCUGCAGCUCUGAGGUGUCCUAACUUCUGCAAUGGUAAUGGUCAGUGCACUGAAUGGGGCUGCCAGUGUCUUCCAGGCUAUGUGCUUUCUGACUGCAGUCAAUCAAUCAGUCAACCUCCUGAGCUGACAGACUUGGAGAACAAUGGUCUCUGUGAUAUACGUGUCUUUGAGUGCAGCAGACUACGAGUGUUUGGUCUUGGCUUCAUUAAUUCAGAAGAUCUUCACUGUAAGGUCACAAGAUUGAUGUACAUAAAUGGGAAGUGGAUAGCGGGGGAAAAACACAUCACUAAGGCUACAUUCCUAAGUUCUAAGGUUAUAGACUGUGAAGUUCCUCCUCUGCAUAGCAUAGCCAGUGAAACAGUUGGCUUCAUGAUGGACGAAAAGCCAUUUGCCAAAUGGGAAAUAAAAAUAACUAAUGAUGGCUUACUGUACAGUGAAUCCAAAGUGGCAACCUUUUAUGAUGGUGUAUGUCAGGUUUGUGGAUCUUCAUCAAGUGGACUCUGUAAGUUAAAGGAAAAGACUUGCAAUAUAGACGGAAUGUGCUAUGCUGAAGAGGACCCCAAUCCAACAAGUCCAUGUCUUCUUUGUAAACCUGGCAUUUCAAAAUUCACUUGGUCUAUAAAUGAAAAUAACCAACCUCCAGUUUUCCAACCACCAGCUAGUACACUUCAGACAUUCUUCAGUGAAAAUUUUGUUUUCCAGUUCAAUGCCAUAGACCCUGAAGGAUCUGCCAUGCUGUUCCUGCUUGAAUCAGGUCCACAGGAUGCCUCCCUUUCUCCAGCAGGCCUCCUCAUCUGGAAAGUCAAUUUAGAAGAAACACAAAUCUUUGAAUUUACGGUGGCAGAUGAAUGCAAUGCGCAAAGCAGAUACUCUGUGGAGCUUUUAGUGAAGCCAUGUGACUGUUUGAAUGGAGGUACUUGUGUUACUAACAUCAAUCACCCCCCAGGAAGUGGUGAAUAUCUCUGUGUUUGCCCCAGUGGAUUUAAAGGAGAUUUUUGCCAAGAAAAUAUUGACAACUGCAUCUCAAAUCCUUGUGGUGCGGGCAGCUGCAAAGAUGGAGUCAAUAGCUUCAUAUGUGAAUGCCCAGCUGGUCUCACAGGUGCUACUUGCCAAAAAGAUGUUAAUGAAUGUGAAAAGAGCCCCUGUUUUCCUGGAGUCCCUUGUAUAAACAAUUUUGGAUCUUAUGCAUGUGGACUUUGUCCUCAAGGCAUGUUGGGAGAUGGUUAUUCUUGCAAAGUUGAAAGACAGGUAGAGAGCAUGCGUGUGACUGCUACUAACUCUGAGCCUCGGCCUGAUGAGAUAUCCUGGACAUCAAGUGUCAAGCUUCACCCUCCAGAGAAGCUGAAAAAAGAAGCUGAAAGGGGUCCAUUUGUAGAAAAAAUACCAAACGACAGUGAAAAAAAGGCUCAGCCACCUGCACAAUUUACUACCCAAUGUGCUAGCAGGCCAUGUUUCCCAGGAGUGUUGUGCAUUAAUCGGAGGCCUCCAUACACUGGAUAUGUUUGUGGCCGUUGUCCUCCUGGAUUUGUUGGCAAUGGACGCAGCUGCACAAAAAUACCAGUUGCAGCACCACCAAAACGUGUUUCACUGAUUCCAGAAGUUAACAAAUUUAGAGCUAAUGGUACAGAAGAUGUUGCUCAGCUCCAUUUAUCUACAGUACCUUCAAUGGAUCAAGAAGCAGAAGCUACAACCCCAGCUCCUCAGAGACAUUUUCAGACUAUCAAUAGUGAGCUUCAGAAUGCUCAACAAAUGACACUGCUUCCUAAUAACAUUAAUAAUCCAGCCUCAGGAAUUCAAAACAGUAAAUUGGUCAAUGAUUCUUUUCAUCCUCAGAUGACAACAGUUAAUAAAAACACCAUGGGUGGUGAGUUGUUGGAAGAUGUUAAAAAAGGAGGCUUUUCACCAAAUCAUAAUGAAAGCUUCAAAUUUAUUACUAUAGCCAAAAGACCAUCACAAACACAAAUGUCAGAUCAAAGUCAAGGUUUUGCAGUUUUCCUCUCAAAACACCCUAUCCAGACCUCAUCUUCUGGAAUAGAGAAAAAGACCAUAACUAUGAUGACUACAAGACCUAUGCCUCAAUUACCUUCUAAAACUAGAAGUCCACAGACAUCAGCCUUGACGAUGGCUUUUCAGUCAUCACCAUACACUUUAUCCGAUCUUUCUGAUCCUAGUCUGUUGGCAAGUCUGCUGAAAAUUACUGAGCAACCUGUGGUUCCACCUCAGCUCACUACAGCUAGAAAGGCAUAUACUUCAACAUUUAAUGUUGUGUCUUCCCAGCAGAUAUCAUUAGCAUCACCAUCAAAACAUUUCAUAGUUACAUCCAGGAAAGGUGGCUGUGCUGACUUGCCAUGCUUCAGUGGGGUUCACUGUGAGCCCACUAUUGAGGGAGACUUUAAGUGCGGUGCAUGCCCUGCCGGAUACACUGGAAAUGGAAUCACAUGCAAAGCUAUCUGCCGUUACCCUUGUGGGAAGAAUAUGGAAUGUGCUGCACCUAAUACAUGCCGUUGCAAGACAGGAUACACUGGUCACAACUGUCAUAUUGCUAUUUGUAAACCGGACUGUAUAAACGGAGGGAAGUGUAUUGCUCCAGAUGUAUGUGAAUGCAUGCAAGGAUACCAUGGAAUAAGAUGUGAGGACGCUCUGUGUGAUCCAGCCUGUAAAAACAGAGGCACCUGUGUGGCCCGGAAUACAUGCUCCUGUCCUUAUGGAUUCCUUGGACGAACCUGCGAAACCAUGGUAUGUAACCAGCACUGCCACAAUGGAGGAAACUGUGUCUCACCUGACAAGUGUCAGUGUAAGGAAGGUUGGACAGGAGCUUCUUGUGAAACAGCUGUUUGUACACCUGUCUGUCUGAAUGGAGGCACCUGUCUACGGCCCAAUACGUGUUCCUGUCCUCAUGGCUUCUAUGGCUCACAGUGUCAAAAUGCCAUAUGUAAUCCACCUUGUAAAAAUGGGGGUCACUGCAUGAGGAAUAAUAUGUGCUCUUGUCCAGAGGGCUAUUCAGGCAUUCGAUGUCAAAAAAGUAUUUGUGAGCCAAUAUGCAUGAAUGGUGGGAAGUGUGUUGGCCCUGAUAUUUGUGACUGCCCUUCUGGUUGGAAAGGAAAACGCUGCAAUAAACCUAUUUGUUUCCAGAAAUGCUUAAAUGGAGGAGAAUGUAUAGGUCCCAAUACCUGCCAUUGCUCCCCAGGCUGGGAAGGGAUAUUAUGCCAGAAUGCUACAUGUCAGCAAAAGUGUUUGUAUGGAAGCAGGUGCAUAAGGCCUAACGUUUGUGCCUGCAGAAAAGGAUACACUGGUGUAGCUUGUGCAAGAAAGCUUCCAAUUAGAAGAGGCUGAAGAGAAGUAUUUCCUUUCUAUGACAGAAGACAGUGAUCUGAAUUCCCAACCUACAGCCUUUUGACUUUACAAAGUUUUGAAACACUAAUUAAAUGCAUAAGUGAAAUAAAGUUCCCAACCAGACAGCUUUUUGCCAUCCCUGUCAGAGUUGCAGCUGCAAAACAAAAACUAAAAAUCAAUGAAACCUGAAUGCUGCCAAUUAUACCUAGCACUGCAGAACUUUUAAUGAAACAUAUUCAAUUUAAAAAGCAAUUUUUUACUUGGAUUUAGCCAUGAGCUGGCCCAAAAGCUGCUUAUCAUAAUUUGAACUCAACUCUUGCUCUCU